AUGAUCUUGCCCUCUUCAUUUAUUGGUGGUCCAAGAGACAUGCGAAAAAGAUGUAUGGAAGCAAUGACUUUAGUACAACGUUAUGGAAAACCAGAUAUUUUCUUAACAAUGACUUGCAAUCCAAAUUGGCCGAAAAUUUCAAACGAACUGCUCCAACAUGAAGAACCUCAAAAUAGACCUGAUUUGGUUACCCGAGUUUUCCAUUCAAAAUUAGAACAACUGAAAGACCAAUUGUUUAAGAAGAAAAUAUUUGGUCAAGUCUCAGCGUAUGUCUAUGUCAUAGAGCACCAAAAAAGAGGUAUUCCACAUGCACACUUUUUAAUUAUCUUGCAAAGGGAUUGGAAAUUAUAUACACCGGAAUCUUUCGAUGAAAUUGUUUCAGCAGAAAUACCAGAUAAAAAUACAAACAUACAUUUACAUAAUGCGGUAGUGAAGCAUAUGAUGCAUGGACCCUGUGGAGUCUUGAACCCAUCCAAUGUUUGCAUGAAAAGAAAUGGUUGUUGCAAAAGUAAUUAUCCAAAGAAAUAUGCACCAAAUACAAACAUAGGAAGCGAUUGUUUCCGCAUUUAUAAGUGUUCAGAUAAUGGGGUAAACGUGAAAGUAAGAGGAAAGAAUUUAGACAAUCGUUGGGUCGUUCCAUAUAAUCCAUAUCUACUUGCAACGUUUAAUUGUCAUGUUAAUGUUGAGAUUUGCUCAACAAUAAAAGCAGCCAAAUAUCUUUACAAGUACAUUUACAAAGGCCAUGAUCGAGUUGCUUUCAACUUGAUUUCUGAAGAAAAUAAUCAUCAAGAUGAUGAAAUCCAAGAAUUCCAAUUCGCUCGAUGGAUCGCUCCCCCAGAAGCUAUGUGGAGAAUAUAUGGGUUUGUUAUUAAUGAAAUGUACCCAGCAGUGUAUAGGUUACAUUUACAUCUUGAAGAUCAACAGUCAAAUCACUUUCCAGAUGCCAAUGCAAGAAGACUACUAUACAUAGAAUUUCAAGAACAUUAUGUAUGGAACCAUCAACACAAACAAUGGACCCCUCGAAAAAAGAAAACAGUUAUAGGUCGUGUUGUUACAGCAAAUCCACUUGAAGUCCCAACAUUUCGCGAUGCAGCAACACUGCAUGGUUUACUACAAAGAGACAACAACUUAGAAGAAUGUUUACAAGAAGCAUCGUUAUUCCAAAUGCCAGCCAGUUUGAGACGGUUAUUUGCAGCCAUAUGGUUUAUUGUAAUCCAACCAAUCCAAGAUACCUUUGGGAGCGUUUUGAAAGUAGAAAUCAAUGAUGAAAUGGGUGUUGAAGUCCCAGAGGAAGAUAUCACGGCCUCAGAAUGUCUAAACAGUGAACAACAUGUAUAUGAUGCAGUCCUAGAAAAAGUACUCGAGAAUAAAAGCGGUUCAUUUGUUAUAGACGGUCCAGGCAGGACGGGAAAAACAUUCUUAUACACGGCAAUUUUGGCAACAUUACGAUCAAGAAAUUUAGUAGCACUUGCAACUGCUUCAUCAGGUGUUGCUGCAUCUAUUCUUCCUGGAGGGAGAACAACACACUCGCGUUUUAAACUUCCACUUGGUACUAGCAAAAUGAACACAUAUUAUGUCAGCAAAUAG